AUGAAAAGAAGUCCGCCUCCCUCCAUUCGCGGCGACGUUUCGAAACAAAAUCCGUGGCGGACGAAGUUCCAACAGCAGGCGAGACAAUACCAGGUAACAGCCCAAAGCUCUUAAAAGCAGCUGAGGGUUUUUUUUUCUGUGUUGAGUUGCAAUGCAAAAAAGAAAUAACAGUGGACUAGCCAGGCUUGUGCGAGGUCUGGAUUUUCAACAGAUCGGCCUCCGUCCAUUUCCAUAACUUUUGAUAGACUUUAAUGAAACAAGUGAGAAGUAUUUUUCUGGCGAAAUAUUCGAGUUAAGAUGGCAAUGUUUUUGAAGAAGUUUGAAAAUUUGGUCGAAGCCUGGCGUGGUCCGAGCCGGCGCAAGUUUCUUUGCUUCGGGCUUCAAUUGCUUGGACCUCUGUAAUGCAAAUGUGACUCGUUCCGGACUCUUCUUGGAAUUUCUAGUAAACUUUGAGAAGGUUGAUGCCGUCCAAUGAGUUAAUAGAAAUGCUCAGAAACGUCCGGGGAGCUCACGGUUUGGGGUACCGAGGUCCUGGCUUGGGCGCCUGGCUGGAAUAAUUUUGAGAAGAAUCUCGCGCAGGGUAGGGCCAAGCCAAGCUUCAAAAAAUUUAAAACUUGGUUUGAAAAAAAUUGUAUCAAAACUCUCAUUUCUCACCGAGAAACGCUUAUUUUUAAAAUUCGUAGUUUCUGGGGAACUAUUACUAUGAAAAAAACCAGAAACAUUUGCUGCAAAAAGAAGUUUGAUGUUCGACUUGAAGAAAACCUUAGCUUUUCGAGCCUGUUUUGCUUGAGGCUUCGCUAAGCCCAGACCGGGCUCAAAGAAUGACUUUGGCCAUUAUACUGAAGAGCCGGUCCUCGCACAAGCCUGUCUCGGCCCUCGGUAACGAAAACCGAACGCGCUCCGGACUUUUCUGAGCAUUUCAAGGGACGCCAUUAAAGUGGUCACUAGAAAUGCGUCCAGUUUGCGUUAUAGCCGAUUCACGGCUAGCUUGGGACUCGAAAAAGCGUAG